AUGUCCUCGUCACCCGCCGACCAACCUCGAAGCAGCCGCGAGCUCAACACAAUCGAGGAAGCCAUUGAAAGCUUCCGUAACGGGGAAUGCCUUGUGGUCGUCGACGAUCUGGAGCGGGAGAAUGAAGGAGACCUGGUCGUUGCCGCGUCGAAGAUCACAACGGAGAUGAUGGCUUGGAUCAUCAAACAUUCUAGCGGGUAUGUCUGCAUCGCUCUCCCCGGUGAACGAUUGGACGAACUGAAAAUCCCCUUGAUGAUUGAAACCAAUACGGAGAAGCACAAAACCGCAUAUACUCACACGGUUGACUACAAAUACAAUACCACAACUGGAAUCUCGGCUCAUGACAGGGCGUUGACUGCCUCCAAAUUAAGUGAUCCAUCAAGUCAGCCCGACGACUUUACUCGGCCAGGACACAUGGUUCCUCUACGAGCUAGACAAGGGGGCGUUUUGACGAGAAGAGGACACACAGAAGCAGCGAUUGACCUUUGCAACCUAUCUGGCCUACCUCCAGCCGGUCUGAUAUGUGAGCUGGUCAAGCCGGAUUGCCCUAUGGGGUCGAUGGCCCGUCGCGACGAUUGUGCACAGUUUGCGAGCCUGUGGAAUUUGAAGAUGAUCAGCAUUGAAGAUCUUGUUCAAUAUCGGCGCAGGUUGCUUCAGAGCUGA